UAACAGUCAGGUGUUGCUGUACGACUGUGUCUCACAUAGCAGCAGCAACAUGUGAACCGUCGCUCAGAUUACUCCGUGAUGAAAACAUCAUCUUAUUGAGAAUACAACAUCGACACAUCGAGCAGCUGUGAUGGAUGUCAGGCUGGAGUCAUCGUUCAGUCUCUCUGAGUGUCACACAAGCAGGAUGAUUUACAUGUCCCACACGGCCCACUGGCAGUUCCUGGGCUUGAUUGGCGGGGUUUUGGCCUGGAUCCUCAUCAUGACCACCACUGGCAUCAACGAGUGGCGUCUCUGGCACGUGGAGAAUGUGUCCGUCAUCUCCUCGGAUGUGGCAUGGGUGGGAAUCUGGAAGGCGUGUUUCUUCAGUCAUUCUUUCUCCAGCAUGGAGACCUGUCAGAGCAUCAGCAUCUCGGACCCCUUCAUCCCCACAGAGAUCCCUGUGGCUCAGGUUCUCAUGGUGCUUGGGAUGAUCUGCGGCCUGGCAGGAAACAUCAGCGCUGCUAUGGCUAUGAGAGUCGCUUACUUCUCUUUGGAGGACCGUAGGGACAUAAGACUGCUUUUUUUGUUGGCAGGGACCCUGUAUGUGCUGACAGGGGGGCUGUGUCUGGUGCCGCUGGUUUGGAACAUGACCUCUGUACUGAACAACAGGACUAUAGACUUUCCUCCUGAGUUUAACCUCCCUGCUGCCCCUGUAAAGCAGCAGGUCGGCUCGGCCAUUGGAGUGGGCAUCAUGGCCUCCAUAAUGAUGCUCAUAAGUGGGCUUCUUUUCCUCUGCUACCGCUACGCCUGGCAGACCCUGAGCUCAGAGGUUCCCAGGAACAACAACGACCCCUUACGCGGGCCCUGGACAGAAACCACCCUGGCACAGCAGUCUGAAGCACCAAAUGGAUGCAACCAGGGCACAGAUAAUCCUGCAUUUCACAGCGAGGAAUUGUCAUGACGAAUAACUAGUUCAAAAUCAUAUUUUUGAUCAAUAACAAAGUGACUUCUAAUUUCAUAAAAACCUUAAAACGUUCAACAUUAAAACCUACACGGUGGAAAACAUUUACCAUUUUAUUUUAUCCCCCAUAAAAUCUGUGAGAAACAAAUGGAUCACCCUUUCCAGCACCAAAGUUGUAAAUUCAUACUGUGACCAUAAAGUGAAAAUAAAAACUGCUACUACUUGAAGAAA